AUGGUCAAGCAGGAGCGGCCGGUGAAAGAGGAGGCGCGCGACGCGCCGCCUGCGCCUACCGGGUACCGCGACAUUCCGCUGUACUCUAUGGACACACGGAAUACCACGACACAUCUCAUGAAGUUUGCGCACCAUAACCGCGUGGAUCCGAACGACGCGAACCAAUUCGUCCCUCCGGUGAAGCUCAACCGCAAGAUGCCGCUGAGGGUGAAGCAGCCCCCGGCCAAGCCCGGCGAGGUGGUGAUGGACAAGUGGGGAAAGCCGGUGAUUACGACCGAAGGCAAGCCGCUCAAGUGGCCUGGCCCUGACGACGACCUUGAGGCGCUGCGGCCCUACCUCUCGCUGGACAAGAAAGAUGAGGACGAAAACGAUAUGGCGCCGGGCUCCGGCCACGUUCCCCGCGGGCGCCUCUUUAAGAAGCGCGUGCGCGAGGUGCACAAGAGCGCGAAUGCUGCGCGCCGGACGCGCAACGAGGAGUUCUUCCCGUGGGUCCUCGAGGACUUUGAGACGUCCAACGACUGGGAGUCUUCGCGCAACCCUGCGGCCAACAGCAUCCAGGCACUCGAAGCGUACUACAUUAUGGAGACCGAGCGCCGCGCACGCCUCGCGGCGGCGGGCAUGGAGGACGUGAAACCGGUCAAGACCGAGGUCAAGGCGGAGGAGGAGCCUGUCGCGCCGACGCACGCCCCGUGGGUUGGCCAGCUGGAAGGCGAGUCGGACGAGAACUCGACUGCGCACCAUGUCCUUUUUGUCUUUGACGAGCGCAAUGCGGGCGGCUUCAAAGUCGUGCCGGUGCGCCGUCUGUACAAGUUUAUGCAGUCGCAGCGCCAGACGCUCUCGAGCGAGGAGGUCGAGGAAGAGUUCCAAAAGUACCAGCGCUCGUCUGAGCCCGAGCGGAUUGCGAUGCGCGCGCGCCUCCAGUCCGGCUCCAAGGGCCAGGGCUCGUCGUCUGGGCCGCGGCGUUUCCCUACGCUUGCGCUGCCCCAAGGCCCGUCGCUCGGCUGGAGCAGCAGCUCGCGGCUGGUCGCUGUACGUGGUGAAAACCGCGAAAAAGGCGAAGAGGACGACCUGUUUGGCACGAUGCCGAAGCAGGAGACGACCUACGACGAGCUCGACUUUGAAGAGUCGUUUGCCGACGACGAGGAGCGCCCUGACACUGGCAUCCAGGACGAGGACCCCGAGGCGAAGGAGCUCGAGGAGCGCCUCAAGCGCGAGAUGGUCGCCGACCACAUUGACGACGACGAUGUCCAGAUCAAGCCGGAUCCGGACGAGGUGGACGACGCGGUGAUGAUCAACCGCCGCAGCGGCGCGGACCAACUGCUGGGCGGCAGCGCAGACCACGGCCGCCACGACGACGCGAUGCUGACCGGCACGGGCCGCCAGAUGCGCAAGAUUAUGAAGGCGCUGAGCCGCCGCGACGGAAACGAUGUAUACGACAGUGACGAAGAGGCCAAGAACCCCUAUGCGAGCGACGAGUCGGACGAGGACGCGGACCUCGACGUGCUCCAUCCCGAGCGAGCGAUCCUUGAGGCACGCGAAGAAAAGGCCAAGCAAGAGCGCCUCGCGAAGGAGUCGGCCGCGCCUGCGCCGCAGUCCUCGCCGCCGACGCCGGACGUCGGCCGUGCACGGAGCAUGAGCCCUGCCGACGACUCGCUGAAGCGCAAGAGCGAGACGCGCAAGGACGAGGUGCAGAAGCGCCAAAAGGUCCGUGCGCCGGGCUCGGCGUCGCCCGACGCGUCGCGCAGCAGCUCGCCGGGCCGCACCAUGACCCCACUCGAGUCCGAGAUUGCGCAGCUCGUGCGCAGCGGCACGAUCCGCAACACGGCCGAGCUGGUGCAGCACUUCCGCCAGCGCCUGAAGCAGGACGCGGCGCUCAAGGAGCAGCUCAGCGCCGCGGUCAAAAAGAUUGCCUACAUGGACAAGAAAAGCAACAAACUCAAACUCAAAGAGGGCUUCUAA